AUGUCGUGCUGGGCAGCAGGGCGCCGCUCCUCGGCGUCGGCCAUGGCGGAGAACGCCGGCGCGCGGGGCGCCAAGGAGGCGGUGGCGCGGUCCGGGAAGCGCGUCGCCCUCGGGAACCUCACCAACGUCUUCCGCGGCGGCUGGAGGUCCGGCGCGGCGAAUUCCACGUCCGAUGCGAAAUUGAGUUCUACCAAACCAGUUGAUGUUAAGAAGGGAUCCUUUGUUUGCCUGCGCAAUGUGAACACAGAACGGGGUUCUAGCAGAAGGCUGGCCUCUGACCAAUUUGAUCAGGCAGUAUCAGUUCUUCAGAAGAACACAUCUCUUCCUUCUGUGGCAGACGUUGUAUCAACAGGUUGCAGCUCACCUGGCCUGUCUCAAGAUUGUUCGGUCUCCAUGGAGGAUGCUAUGUCAACAUGCAACUCAACAGAAAUCUCUGAUCUUGAGUGCCUCAAUGAUGACGACCCCUCAAUGGCAGCUUCUUUGCAUUGGUGGGCCAGUGAUAGACUUCAUUUCUCUGAUAGUAUGGAUGUUGCAGACUUGUUUGACUUGUUUAUUGUCGCAGAAUUCAACUGGAGGAAACAUAGUCCUAAUCCUCUGAAAGCUGACAAUAUAAUUGAUCUUGACUACAACUAUAAGGAUCCAUGGCUUUCUACAACUCUUGCCUGUGAAAUUUACGAGAGCUUGCGAGAGGCUGAGACUAGGAAAAUGCCUUCAACGAACUUUUUGGAAACCACUCAGACAGAUAUGAGCAAAACCAUGAGGGCGAUGUUAAUAGACUGGCUUGUAGAAGUCACAGAAGAAUAUCGUCUUGUUCCUGAAACCUUAUACCUCACUGUCAAUUACAUUGACCGCUAUCUUUCUGUCAAAGAGAUCAGUCGGUACAGACUGCAAUUAGUUGGUGUUGCCUGCUUGCUUAUAGCUGCGAAGUAUGAAGAAAUAUGCCCACUUCAAGUAGAAGAGCUCUGUUAUGUUACCGACUAUUCAUACACUAAGGAAGAGGUUUUGCAAAUGGAAGCUUCUGUUCUGAAUAACUUGAAGUUUGAGAUGACAGUACCUACGGCAAGAUGUUUCUUAAGGAGAUUUGUACGUGCUGCUCAAGUUCUUGACAAGGGCUCAACUCUGCAUCUUGAGUUCUUAGCCAACUACAUUUGUGAGCUGUCACUUCUGGACUACAGCUUACUUUGCUAUUUACCUUCAUUGGUAGCUGCCUCUUCUGUUUUCUUGGCGAAGUAUAUCCUUAUGCCAAUAAAGAACCCAUGGAAUUCCUCACUUUCCUACUACACGCGGUAUACACCAUCUGAGUUGCGUGGUUGUGUAAGUGUACUGCACCAGCUCUUCCGUUUGGGCCCUGGAAGCAAUCUUCCUGCAAUUAGAGAAAAGUACAGUCAGCAUAAGUACAAAUUUGUAGCAAAGAAGUACUGCCCACCGUCAAUCCCUACUAAGUUCUUCCAGGAUCUGACAAGUUAG